UGAUAACAGCAACAGUAGGAGGAGGAUGAGUCGUGGGACCGCCCCACUCUCCCACAGAUAUAAAUAGGAGCCAGAUUUUUUUUACUCCACUCAGUUCUCCUGAAGGAUGAGAUCCCUGAAACACCUCAAACAUCACACCAGGAACAAUGUGGAGGAGGAGAGUGGCCGUCUGGUGCGGUGCUACCCCAAGGUGGUGGAGGGCCAGGUGGAGGGCCAGGUGGAUGCAGGAACACAGACAGAACCCGUGGUGGUGCUGUCACUGGCCCAGGCUGCUGUCCUGGGCCUUAUCUCCCAGAAUGAGAUCUUUGGCGCCACCAUCGCCCCCAAUGGCUUCUACAUGGGCGAGCCCAGGGAGUAUGGCAGGACCCCUCCUACUCCAGAGGGCAUGGAGUAUGAGUACGCUGACCAGCUGAUUGGGGCCAACGGGGACUACCUGGCUGAGCCUGUAGGGGAGUCGGAGCACCACAGCAGUGAGAGGAGGCGCCCCGGGCCCAGAGGGAGGACCAGGAGACCCAGGAGUGAAGGAGGAGCGCCAGGGGAGCCCCCUCAUAGAGUCCCCAACAUACAGACUCAGGUCAAAGGGGAGCGGGGAGAGUCUGACACCCCUCCGUCCUGCAUCCACAUGGUGAAGAGUCGUAGCAGCCCAGGCAAGACAGAUGAGCCAGCCACUCACAGAAGGCCUCUGAAGGAGGAGCAGAGCUGUGGUAACUGUGCUGUGUGUGUGAGAGAGACGUCCAGUCAGACCCAGACAGAUGCACGGCCAGAGCAGGGGCCAGAGGAGAGGAGGGAGGGAGGAGGAGAGGGACAAGAAGAGGAGGUAGCUGAGGAGGAAGAAGGAGUGUUGAACCUCAAGACUGGAGGAGACAGGGGAGACAGUCCCAGUCCCGUCAUGAACCGCUACUUUGAGUCCAGCGAGGUGGCCUAUGAGUCUGCUGACAUGGCCGUGGGGGACUAUGACGAGAGCAGCCAGGGCAUGUUGUGGGCUGCAGACGCUGAGGGAAUAGCCAGGCGCAUGCAGAUCGACCGGCUGGACGUCAACGUCCAGAUAGAUGAGUCCUACUGCGUGGAUGUGGGAGAGGGCCUGAAGAGAUGGAAGUGCCGCAUGUGUGAGAAGUCUUAUACCUCCAAGUACAACCUGGUCACCCACAUCCUGGGCCACAACGGCAUUAAGCCCCAUGAGUGUCUGCACUGCGGAAAGCUGUUCAAGCAGCCCAGCCACCUUCAGACCCACCUGCUCACCCACCAGGGCACCCGGCCACACAAGUGCACCGUGUGUAAGAAGGCCUUCACCCAGACCAGCCACCUGAAAAGGCACAUGCUGCAGCACUCGGACGUCAAGCCUUACAGCUGCCGCUUCUGUGGCCGAGGCUUCGCCUACCCCAGCGAGCUCCGGUCCCACGAGAACAAACACGAGAACGGCCACUGCCAUGUGUGUUCCCAGUGCGCCAUGGAGUUCCCCACCCACGCCUACCUGAAGCGCCACCAGACCAGUCACCAGGGCCCCACCACCUACCAGUGCACUGAGUGCAACAAGUCCUUUGCCUACCGCAGCCAGCUUCAGAACCACCUCAUGAAGCACCAGAACGUAAGGCCCUACGUCUGCCCAGAGUGUGGAAUGGAGUUUGUCCAGAUCCAUCACCUCAAGCAGCAUUCCCUCACUCACAAGGUACUGACACCACAGGCCCUCGCCGACCAGAGUAUGAAGGAAUUCAAAUGUGAGGUGUGUGCCCGGGAGUUCACCCUCUCUGCUAACCUCAAGAGACACAUGCUGAUCCACGCCAGCAUCAGGCCCUUCCAGUGUCACGUCUGCUUCAAGACCUUUGUCCAGAAACAGACCCUCAAAACACACAUGAUCGUCCACCUGCCUGUCAAGCCUUUCAAAUGCAAGGUGUGUGGCAAAUCUUUCAACAGAAUGUACAACCUCCUGGGCCACAUGCACCUCCACGCUGGCAGCAAGCCCUUCAAGUGUCCUUACUGCUCCAGCAAGUUCAACCUGAAGGGCAAUCUGAGCCGACACAUGAAGGUCAAACACGGCAUCCUGGACGCUUCACCAGACGGACAAGCCCCCCCUGACAUAGAGAACCAGGAGGACUAUGACGAAGACAACUUUGAAUUCAGCGAACGAGAGAACCUGGCCAGUAACAACACACCAGACAUCGCUAAACUGUCUGAAUUGGAGUAUUAUAGCAGCUACACCAAGGGUGCAGUGCGCUACAAAACUGUAUGAAUGAUUAAAAGACCCCAUAUUGAGUAGAAAUGUAAACUAAUAAAGGAAGUUAGUGCCACUAGCAGCUGACAGCAAUGUGAUGAGCUUUUACUCACUGUAAGGGCAUGAUUUAAAGUGGUGGAGUCUGCCCAUUCGUAUACACUGGAAUCUGUUCUCUCGCUCUGGCAUUCAUUGGGAGUGAGAGACAGGUAAUUUGGGAUUGUAGAUUUCUCAUCGGUCUGUUUGUUUUGUGCUGAAAUGUGACUUCAGCUCUAGCUGCCACAACAUUGUGAUUGAUAAAUGUAGUUUUCACAGGAAAAAGGGGUCAUAUCUGAAAAUAAACCAUCAUCUAAACCUCUGGGAGAGAUAUACUCAACAUACAUCCCCAGAGGUGGCCUAACUCUGUAAGCACACUUUGUAGGGAAACACCCAUACAGUACAGACGUGGCUCAGUGGUAGAGUACGGUACUUGCAACACCAGGAUUGUGGCAUCGAUUCCCACGGGGGACCAGUACGAAAAUGUAAUCACUCACUACUGUAAGUCGCUCACUACUGUAAAUCGCUCUGGACAAGAGUGUCUGCUAAAUGACUAAAAUGUAAUAGUAAAAUGCACUUACUCAUUCAGAGCCAUCCCCCAGUAAGUCUGUGUGGGUAAAUUAGAAUACAGCUGAGUAUUAUUGCUUUUAUUAACAUAUAUAACAAUGCUUACAAGCCAGUCAAGUAAAUGUGUCCUCUGUUCAUGUCACUUACCAAAGCUGAUACCAUUCAAGCAGUUCUCAUGAUGGUUAGCCAACCAACUUUUAUUUUUAUUUACUUCUCUGUUUUACAUUUAUACUGUGAGUAGUUUCAACUACAGUUCUAGGUUUAGAUAACAUAGGAUGUUCAUUUCAUAUUCUGUUGUAUUUGAAAUGUGCAGAAAGAAUCAUUCGGCCAGUGUCAUUCAGACUCCUCGAGUUGGCUGGUUCUGCGCAAGUCAUCACUUUAUGGCCCCAUGUUACCAGCUUGAUUUGAAGUUUCUGCAUUGGCAGACAUUUUUGUUAUUGAUCCCGAGUUAAAUAAUUGUAUUGAUGCAGCCCACAUCUUUAAGUGAGCUAAAAGCAAAAUAAAAUAUGUUCGAAUUGCCCUUCUGAUGUAGCCACCAUGUGCCAAAGAAUCUGACCAAUGUUGGGCCACAAGGCCAAACCCUACUGCUGAGGACAAUGGUAGUGUAGUGACACCCACUCUCUGCUUUGUAGAGCUAGGACAUUCGAUUUCACGUCCCCCAAUAGCAGACUUCAUGCAAUUACUUUUUAGGCGUCAUGCUCCCCCUAGUAGAUUUUUCCAAACGAUUACCACUAAGACACUAGCGCAGUUUUUUUUAGGAUCCUUCACAAUUCAUGCCCCAUGCAAGCCUUCAUGGAACAGACUGCAACAUUUCUCAAACGCAAACACAGCCCCUGCAUACUCAUUGUGGUUUUGAUGGGUGAAUUGCAACAGGAUCUGUCCUAAAAAACUUUAGACAGAAAUAAAGUGCCCUUGUGUCUCCAGGACUGUGCAAUCCAUCAUGCUACACAUUGGUCUAAAGUGAUGAACGACAACCUCCCAACAUGUGACAGGGCCACGGACCAAGCAGAAAAUGACUUGGGAAAUUCCCUAUAUAUAUAUAUAUAUAUAUAUAUAGUUUCCCCCUGUGCUUCGCUUUAAAACCACCUGCAAACUAGGUAUAUAUAUAUAUAUGCAAGGUUUAUUUUGAAUUGUACACAUUUGCAGCUAAAAGCUGAAUUGCUGCAUACAGAGGCCUACAUACAUUAAGAGAUGUAGUAUACAAUAGUGCAGUCUCAAAGUAAGGUAUAGUGCUGUUGUAGUACCUGCCAGUCCAAGUAGGGGGAAGGUUCAGUUUGUGACUGUAUCUGGUAGAUUUGCCACGGACAUGACCUCUUGUCUGAAGCAGCCAUUUGUUGUAACACCAUUAUGGUAUCCAUACACAAUGUUGAUAUAGUGCGCUUAAUAUACAAAAAUGCUCAUUUCUGUGGGGGAAAAACAAGUCUUUAGUGAUGAAACAAAUGGGGAAAAAACUGAUCUGGAACUUGAAUGGCUUUCUGUGUUACACAUUGGUGUGGAAAUAUGCUGUUGAUAGAAAUGUAAAAUGUGUACCAGACAAUACUGUAAAAUAAUAAAUUUAUUUUAAAACUUUAAAA